CCAAUCCAAGACCAGAGCUUCCCAAUCAGUGACCACACGUCACCUCUCUUCCUUUGUUAAACCCUAAAACCCUAAACUGCUCUCUCUCUCUCAAACUCACAACUGUAAUAACAACAAAAACAAAGCACACACAGAAGCACGAAGACACAGAGAGAGAGAGAGAGAACUCCUCCAUCAAAACAUGGCCAAGAAAGACCAAAGGAUGUCAGAAACAGAAACAGAAGAAACUGAAGCAGAAUCCAUGUCAGAGUCAGAGUCUGGGUCUGAAGAACAAAAACAAAAAUCAAAAGGUGGUGGAAUAGACUACAUUAUGAGUCUUCCUGAUGUGCCUAGGAAUCUCCCACCUCACGUUGAGCUGCAAAGAACCCGUGUCUUCGCCAACAUUGAUGCUCCCACCCAUACAGACUCUAUACAAUACUCUGGUGCUUUUGCAUCUGUAGGACUCGAUAAUAGCUUCCGGUUGGACCAAUUCCGCAACAACUUUAGAGUUGAAGUGAUUCGAUUCUCAGAUGAUGGCAUGGACAUGGAGUUUGAUAUGAUUGGUAUUGAUCCAGCAAUUGCAAAUGCAUUUCGGAGAAUCCUGAUUGCUGAGGUUCCAACUAUGGCUAUUGAAAAAGUUUUUAUUGCAAACAAUACAUCACUAAUCCAAGACGAGGUGCUUGCCCACAGGUUGGGUCUCAUUCCAAUCAGCGUUGACCCAAGGCUUUUUGAAUAUGCAGAAAACAAUGCACCAAAUGAAAGGAAUACCAUUGUUUUCAAGCUCCAUGUUCAAUGUGCAAAGGCCUUAGAAGAAGAAAAGGGCCAAUCUAAAAAAAAAAAAGAAGAAAAGAAAGUUCCCCCUCGUAUCACAGUAAAAGCCAAGGAUUUGAAAUGGCUGCCUAAAGGAAGCGAGUUUUAUUUAGAAUCAGAGGAUUCAAAUUCCAAUUCAACCUCAAAAUCGAAAACGUAUACUUCAUUUACUUGCAGCCAAGAUUCUCUCCCGGAAUUUUCCAACAAUAAAAUUGGAUUCAAGGAGCCACUUGAUGAUAUUAAUAUUGCUAGACUUGGCCCUGGUCAGGAAAUUGAACUUGAAGCACAAGCUGUGAAAGGUGUUGGUAAAACACAUGCAAAGUGGUCGCCAGUGGCCACUGCUUGGUAUAGGAUGCUUCCUGAGGUUGUACUAUUGGAAGAGAUCGAAGAUGAGGAUGCUGAAACCCUUAAAGAAAAAUGCCCAGUUGGAGUAUUUGACAUUGAAGAUAUUGCCAAUGGUAGAAAAAGGUUAACUGUGGCCCAGCCACGAGCUUGCACAUUGUGUAGAGAAUGCAUCAGAGGAGGGGAAGAAUGGGAGAAACGCGUGUCACUACGUCGUGUUAAGGAUCAUUUCAUAUUUACCAUUGAAUCAACGGGAGCAUUACCUCCUGAGGUACUAUUUACUGAAGCUGUGAAGAUUUUAGAAAGCAAGUGUGAACGCGUGAUUUCCGAGCUCUCUUGAUUCUUUGUUCUUAUGCUAAUUAAUAGGAAUGAAGUUGAAAGGACUGCAGAGGAUCUGGUUUAUUAUAUUAUGCAUGGUUGAUUAUUGUUGUUUACAUAUUCAUAUCAUAAUAUAAGAAGCUAGUUUCUUAUAA